AUGAGUUUCGGUGCCGCCAUGCAGCGCCCGGUGACAUCAUCCGCCACACUCCUCCGAUGGACAAAGCCCUCAAUCACAUUGCGCUGCUCAUCUCUGCGCUGCUUCUCUUCUAACGGAAAUGCCUAUCAAUCGUCCAAACGUGACAUGCAAACUGCAACCGCCUACCGCCCUCACACUCUUCCCUCCUCUUUUCCGAUGCCACGCAGCUCUGGGGCCUCUGAUGCCUUCCUCUCUGCCGAUUUCCCGCUUCCCUCGGGAUCACCCAAGGCCCCUUCUCCAUCACAGUCAGAGGCUGCCUCUAUUAGCAUGCGAGAGAGUGAGGCCCAGAAGACCAAAUCCCCCUCGACCGCUCCCUCGACCGCUCCUCCGAAGGCUUCCCCGAAGGCUUCCCCGAAACCCCGUCGGCCAUUACGGGCAAGGAAAGCCGCCAUGAAAUUAACGCCGCUGGCUACAGAGCAGCUGCGGAAUCUCAUGUCACAGCCCGAUCCCAAGUUUAUUCGUGUCGGAGUGAAGAACCGUGGCUGCUCCGGUCUGGCCUACCACCUGGAAUACGUCGAGCAGCCGGGCAAGUUUGACGAGAUCGUCGAGCAGGAUGGUGUGAAGGUUUUGAUCGAUAGCAAGGCUCUGUUCAGUAUCAUUGGCAGUGAGAUGGAUUGGCAUGAAGAUAAGUUGAGCAGACGCUUUGUUUUCCGCAACCCCAAUAUCAAGGAACAAUGCGGCUGUGGUGAAUCGUUCAUGGUGUAA